GAGAGGAAGAGCUGAGCAGCACGUCAGCGCUUGCGAGCGGCCAGUGAGCAGGCGGAGCGAGUGGAGGUGGCUGCUCGCAGCACAAGCAAAGCGGCGGAGGCGGCGCGGAAGCUGCGCAAAGACUCGCCCGUCUGCCCGGUGAGAGAGGAUCAUGCAAAAUGGCAAAUCCUGAACUUGAUCCAGAUAUUUUCAAUCACAUCACGUUAUAUGGGGCUUACGUCAGACCGUGUUGUGAAUUGGUUCGUGAAAAAUUUGGAAGCUGUUCUUCAGUGAAAUAUAGACCAGGUGAAAUCUGUAAAAUAUGGUGUAGUAAACCAGUUUCUGAGCUGCACAAAUAUUGUGACAUGAUCAAAAUAUAUACCUUUUGGCCAUUUUUAUUUGCGCCUGGAUGUAAACACACAAAGAAAUGUCUUGAUUCCAGUGAUUGUGAAGUGGGUGAGCUCAAUCUGGAGAGACUAUAUGAAAUCGAGACAUUAGAAGAUGUUACUGAUAUAGCCAAAAAGUUUGCGGAUGUUCCACGUUUCAUCAAUGGCAUAUUGAAAAUUGGAGCUGAAAUAGACAAUAGAAUCUUCAAUAUUUAUGACGCUCUUGACUGGAUAAAAUAUGCUGAUGACAUCGGUAUUUUACAGAAAUUAGAAAAGCUUGGAAAUUAUUGUUGGCCUUUCCUAGAAGUUUUCUUUGCUGAAUACAAGCAUCUUAUAAGCAAAAUUAUAUCGGAGGACUACAACUUAAUAGAAGCAUUUGAAUCUCAAAACUGUGACAGUUGUAUGAAGAAAAGUGAUAUCAUGAAAAAUUGGGGAAAUGAAGCAUUUGCUAAAGAGCAAUUUGAUAUUGCUGCCGCUUCCUAUACAAAAGCUAUAGAAUUAUGGCCUGAAAAUCACAUUCUUUAUGGCAACCGGGCUCUCUGUUUUAUCCGAACUGGACAAUAUAAAAAAGCCCUGUGUGAUGGGAAGAGAGCCGUAAUUUUGAAGCCCAACUGGCCAAAGGGACACUAUCGAUUCUGUGAUUCACUCUAUCUCCUGGGGGAGCACAAAAAAGCACUAGAAGCCAAUGAGAAAGGUCAAGAACUGUGCAGAAAUAAUCCUGAAGGAAUUAAGGAUCUUAUACAGCAACAUGAGAAAUUUAAAAAACAAAUUGAUGAAAUGAGAGGUGUGAAACAAAAUAAACACAGAAUAAAGAAGUCAGUAGUUCAGAAAAAUUCUUCAGAAUCUCCUUCAGUCAGUGCCCAGGAAUCAAAGAAGUCCGACAAUGAAAAGAAAACACAGCCCGACAACAAUCUUGGUAAACAGAAGCAUACAAAGGUAGCUGCUAAUACCUUAAUUAAAGAAAACAAAGAUCGUCUUUCAGAUAUUUCGUCAGGGCUGAGGGAAAAUCCAGGAAAAUCCAGGAGCAAAAUGAGUGACUUUGAAAAGACAAGAGAUGAGCUGAAUUCAAAAACUGAUUCUCAAAAAUGUCUGGACAAACAGAAAGCUCCCUGUAGUACUGUGCAACAGGGGAAUAUAAUACUGUCAUUAGAAACAUUGAAGAGUUCUGUAGAAGAUGGAUGUAUAUCUUUGAUGGAUCAACGCUUUCACAAUGCUGAACAAUCCUUUGCACGAUUGUUAAAUAUUCUAGAUCCAUCCAACCUACAGCCAUUGAACCUUGCUGUUGUUGAUUAUGUUGUCCUCCUCUAUGGCUAUGCUACUGCUCUCCUUGGAAUAGGGCAGCCUGAGGAACUAACCAAAGCCAAAGACCAUUUCAAUAACAUAAUUGAGAAGUAUGAGAAAGUGAGAUUUGAUUGCUUAGCACAUUAUGGAAUUGGAAAAGUAUAUUUGAGACAAAAUAGGUUUUCAGAAGCUCUGGACCAGUUUUUGAAAUCAAAGACCAUGGUUAGUCAUAAGAUUAUGCCUGGUGUAUUGACGUGGCCUACAACUUCCAUAGUUAUUGAAGAGACAAGAACAGAAAAAUUUCAAGUUAUAUUGCAAGAUCACAUUGAAGAAUGCAGGUUUCCUCCAACUCCACAUGCAAUUUGUCGCUACCAGCAGUGCCAAGCGCAGAAAAUAAAAAUAUAUUUUAGCGACCCAGAUUUCAAGGGUUUUAUACGUGUUACCUGCUGUGACCAAUGUAACGUGGAGUUUCAUGUAAGCUGUUGGAAGAAGUUGAAAGCAGCAAGAUAUACAGAUAAAACUGACAAGGACUUCCUUCGAGAGCUAUGUUUCACUCCAGAUUGUAGAGGUCUCAUUUCUAAUAUUGCUGUCUUCAGCUCCACUGGUUUAAUCAAAUGUGAGUUUGAAGAUAAAAUAAAAAGCAAGAAUCCUCCACGGCCCAUUGUUAAACAGGAAUGCACAAGUUCUAGGACCCUACAGAAAAAACAGGAGAGGAAAUUGAAGAGGAAAUUAAUGAAAGAAGACACUUUACUGUCACUAGGGAACUUUGCAGAAGUACUUCACACAGCAGACUCUAUAUCAAAUGAUGAUAGUGAUAAAGGGAGCGGUGGUGGUCUUGUUCACAAGAAUUAUUUUGCUGGGGAUAGAUUCCUGCAGCUUAUUAUGCAGAAUUUUGAGACAAUACGGACAGGUGUACAUGAUGGCUUCAAACUUCUUAAUGAACUGUUUUCGUGGUGGGUAAUUGGCGAAGCGGACCACACACUGUUUUCAACAAACUGUGUAACCUCAGUUGAAGUAAUGGAUAAGAUUGUAAGCUCCGUAAUUAACAAAAAUAAUAGAGUGGCGACAAGAAUUUUUGUUCAUGUUUUAAGUGAGCUUGAAGAAGUGGAUCCUGGACUACAUGACUUAAUGAAACAUCUUGAUAGUAAUGGUUUAAAAGCUACAAAACAAUUUUUCGCCAAGUAUGGAACAUGCAUCUUACAGCUUGAUCUGGACUUGAUAUCAGUGCUGUGGAAUGAGAAAUAUGGCAUUAAACUAGGCAGGGAGUUCACCUGCAUAUCUCUAGAUAUGAUAGACGAGCUAUCGUUGAUAGAACUUCGGUGUUUUUUAUGGCUCUUAGAAGAGAACAGAGAGAAUUUUCCAUCUCUCCUUCAGUGCUUAGAUGACUAUUUUGAUAACAUGGAUAAUCGGUAUACUGUAAUAAGGAAGGAAGAGAAUGCAACUGCCUCAAAUAAUACUAUCAAAGUUAAAAACAGAAACCGAAAGAAGGCAAAGGAACCAAAGUCUAUUUUAGUCCUGUCUGGUGGAGUCGGUACAGUAACUCGAGAGGAAGACAGUAUAUUUUCAGAAGAAAGCACCUUUUUUAUGAAUCCACAUGACCCUUUCAGAAUCCCAGAUGGUCUUAAUGAGCAGGUGGCGAUAUUUGAAGCUUUGUAUAAUAAUUUUUCCUCCGGUAGCAGUUACCAGAGAAUUUUGGACAAUUACCCAGACCCAACGUGUGAAAGCUUAUAUGACUAUUUUUCUCAAAUCUUGGAAGAACAUGGCCCCAUGGAAAUUGAUAAUCCACUGUUAAUUGGAGAGUAUGAAUGCUUUCCUGCGGAGACUCGUAAAAUAGUAGAGGAUGCCGGUGGUCUGAAAUCUUUCCUUCUGGAAUCUCUACGUUUCGUUAUGAUUGGCGACCUUAUUGGCUUGAUGAAACAUGCAGUGAUGCUGAAGGAAAAUGCAGAUGUCACUGGAGCUGAAGAAAGAACUAAAAAUGAAGAAAAUUACCCGGCAAGCCUUCAUAGUCAAGAAAACAGCAAACCACGUUUAAACCCAGCUGCUAAGGAGUUCCAGCCCACCUCAUAUAUUAACAAUCCUUAUUUGCCACUAUCUACUAAUACUCCAGCCCAUGAUACUCUGGAAUAUAUGACUGCCAGCCAUUCCGCUUUCAGUCCAUUCGUUACCACAUACUCCCUUUCCACUCGGGCAACUGACAUGAUAGCAGCAUCGCUGCCUAUGUCAGAUGCCUCUUUGCCUUCAGCUUUACCCCAAAGCAACCCAAUAUUUCUGAAGGAGAUUCAGUCAGAGUAUCAGAAUGAGAGAACGUUGAAUACGAUUCCUGUAAUACCAGAUAUUUUGGAGCAAUCUAAUUAUAUAUACGCAGAUUACGAUGCCUGCCUUGAUAUUGAUCCAGAAGUGACAUCAAGCGAGAAUGGCGAAGAUAUUCUUGUGGCGAAUGAUGAGGUGCAACUGUCACCAUUGUCUGACAUUCGCUCUUGUGAAAAUAAUCCUGAUAACAUUGAAAAUAGUAGUAAUGGAGCUGGAUGUGACUCUCUUACUAAAAUGGAAACCAAUAAUAAGUCUGUAGCAAGAAACAAACCCCGUUCUAGGAUGAUUGCUAUUCAGGUAGAUCAAGAAUUAGCAGACGAGGGAACCAAUACUUUGCCUUUUCAUCCAUAUGAAACCCAACAAGGAGAUAUGUUACGUAUGGAAAAAGAACACCGGGUUCUACAAGAGCAACUUAAAGAAGCAAGUGAAAAAUACGAGCAGGUUAACAGUCGAAUCGAUGUAUUAGAAAUCGAUAUAUUAGAAGCUGAGAUUUUACAACUUGUUCAAGAAAACAAGCUCACCAGAAAAGAGCUGGAUUGGUUCCAUCAAGAUGCAGAAACAGAAAUGAAAAGAUGGCAGCAGGAGAAGAAGGAAAAUCAAGAAGGAUUAAAAGUGGGAAAGAAUAAAGUAAGGAAGCUAACAGAAACCAAUGAAGGGUACAUGAGAAACAUAGAUGAGAAGGAUAAGCAGUACAAACUACAUUUGGAUGAAUUCAUUGAGAUCAGUAAUAAAUUUGAAAAUGAAAAAGUAAAAAGGGAGGAGCUUAUAAAGAAAAGACGGGAUGACCACCAGGAGUGUGUUGCACGAGCUAUCGCAGCAGAGGUAUCUGUGCUUGAAAACUGGAAGGACACCGAAUUAUAUAAAUUAGUCAAAAUAGCAACAGAUGCAGAAACUUAUCUUAAGUAUCUGAAGUUCAUGACAAGCCAUUCUUCAGUACCCCAGUUGAAGUUACAAAUUAAUUCUUGGGACUCCUUUAUUUCUAAAACCAAAGACGAAAUUAAGAAAGCAGAGAGGCAGUUUGACGAGAGAAUUUACAUGGUGAAAAAUGGUGCCUUUCUAGAUAGUAUCUCCAAAGUGGAAAUUGCAGAACUUCAACCUCCGAGUGUCCCCUCAUCCGUAACACAUGAGAGGCCUCCUAUUAAUGAUCCAGCCAUUGUAAUGUAUUCAGCUGCAGCUCCACACCUUCCCUCUAAUUUGUUUGCUACCUUUUCAAGUUCUGACGAUGAUAAUCCUCUGCACUCCAUAGUUAACAAGCAUAUGGGAAAUAAAAUAUCCAAGAAAGAUUCCAAGUACUCUCUUGCAAAUAAAGGCUUGGAAGAAGUAUCCCCUGACUGCAGAGAUAUGUCACUUUCUGAUUACGUAUGCCUACCCCAGUCGCCAGGAAACUCUAGAAGAUCUGUCCAGGACACCCAGCUGCAACACAGCAGCCAAGAAGAACCAGCAGCAGCAGCAGCUGGGCUGGACCAUGCUAAUGCUAUAAGUAGACCAGCGCUGCCACAACCAUUUGAAAACGUCAUUGAUCAACUUAUAAUUAUAUUUCCUCACCUUACAAGAUCAGAUAUUGGAAAUUUCAUAGAAGAAGUCAAAGUCAAGAAUAGAAACAAAUUGAGCACAGCUGAACUCCUAAACAGGGUAACAGAAUAUAUUUUGGAUCAUCCAAGCAAGAAAAAAGUUCUCCCUUCUUCAGGGAAAAUCGAAGUGGCAUCUUCCACCACUUCCGAAGGGAGCAGAAAUCAGACUCAGAAAUUGCUGAAGGCGCCAGGCCGAAGUGUGUCUAACCUCUCCAAGUCUAAACUUGCUAAUGAGAAAACAAAGAAGGCGACUCUCCCACCUCCGUCAAGUCACAUGCCUUGGAAAACUGUUGGAGAAACAUCAAAAUCAAAGUGGAAGAAAUCAAGUGAUGCCGCUGAUAAUGAUCCCUGUGUAAUAUGUCACGAUGAACUAACUACCGAAAUGUUGCAUGUGCUAGACUGUGGACACAGAUUUCACAAAGUGUGUAUUGGUCCAUGGAUUAAGGAGCACAGCACAUGCCCAACCUGUCGUCGUCAUGUUUUGUUACCUGAAGAUUAUCCUGAGCUUCCUGGCCGAAACAGAACCACUUAGAUGCUACAUACAGAUUAGCAAGAACAUGUGAUUCACAUCAUACAGAAUCAUGAU